AUGGUCGAAGGGGCUGAAGAGUUCUCGAGUGGUGACUGCGCAAAAGUAGACGCGGCGUGGGCAGACCGGGUGGUCUGCACAAGGUGGUCUGACGAUGUAGUGAAGGCAGCGGGAAUCUGCAGGACAGAUCGUUGUGGCAUUCUUUGGGGGAGGCAUAUGUACAGCAGUGGACGUGUUAAAAUCAUGUCUCUGCUAAAGUUGGCUUGGCUAGCGAUAACGGCGCCCGCUCUGGAGGAAGCCACUGGCAAAUUGGAGAUAGCAUUCUUUGAAUCCGUCUAUCGCAUCACUUACGCAUUAGGCUUAUCCUUAUCCGACAAACAAACCAUCCUCUACUACAUUUAUAGUUCUACGGUCAAAUUCAUAAUUGUGCUUUUCAUUGCCGGCGAAUUAUGGUAUCUCCUCAUUGUUUACAAGAAAUUAGCUGCUUCGUUGGACUCUCCGUAUUUCGAUGUUUCUACAACCGGUAGGAAGAAGAUAUUAGAACAUUGGCUGAAAAUGCAACGUAGAUAUUUUUGGUAUUUGCUGACGCUCUCUUCGUGUACUGUUGCUUUAUGGUAUAUCCACCCUCUAACAGAUGACAUAGAGUACAAUUACCCAGCUACAGUAAGAUUUCCAUAUGAUUCGUCAGUGCAGACCACGGAACGGUACAUCGUUGCCUAUAUUCUUGUCCUGUUCAUGUUCAAUUACAUCUCUUAUUUCGUAAUCGUCAAUGACCUCAUUAUGCAAGCCCAGCUAAUACCUCUGGUGUGCCAGUAUGCAAUUCUCUGUGACUGUUUUGAGAAUAUCAUUACCGACUGUAGCGAGAGUUUUCCAGGUUUAGACGGUAGACAAUUGUUUGCAAAUAAGAAAUUUGAACUUGUGUAUACUUCGAGAUUGAGAAAAUUGGUAGAGCAGCAUAAAACAAUUUUAGCCUACACACAGGACUUACGGCAAGCUCUAAAUGCUCCAAUGUUGGGACAGUUGAUGGCGAGUGGAAUUCUCAUAUGUUUAGCUGGUUAUCAAUUAACGGCGGCUUUGAACAAAAGCAUGGUCAGGACAAUAAUGAACCUCCUUUAUUUAUCGUAUAAUAUGUAUAUGUUCUACCUCCUGUGCAAUUGGUGCGAAGAGAUUAAAAUGCAGAGUCGUCGAGUCGGAGAUUCAGUUUAUUUAUCGGGUUGGGAGCGUGGCGUGGUUGUGUUGAAUGGCGUCCGCGCAAGGCUCAUGAUUGUGGUGGCUAGAGCCAAUAAGCCACUUGUUAUUUCUGCUGGAGGAAUUUACGACGUUUCACUGAUGUCGUACUCUACAUUGGUGAAAACGUCGUACACUGCUCUGACAGUUUUACUGAGAGUUCGUCAACGUGAUACGUCAUAAAAUAUAAGACAAAAUAAUGUUUUGUACGUGUAUCAAGUAUCUGAGAUAAUUUACACUGCACUUUAUUUUAGAAAACGAAUUAUAAUU